AUGCGUCUCUUCGGCGACUGUCGUUCCCUCUUCGCCAGACCUCCUCAGUCGUCGCCGUCCGCCACCACCACUACGACGGGCGCAGUCACUGCCGACACUUCCACACCAACCACUACCAGGAAAGGCACAAAAGGGACGGUCAUUACAACCGAAAAGUUGGACAACUCGACGGACAAAUUGAUCCAAAGAAUAUUCGCCAAACAAAUGGAUACCAAUGAGUUUCGUCGUCGCGGAAAACAAAUGGUUGAUUACAUCGCCGACUAUUUGGAGACAAUCUCUCAAAGACGAGUAACACCUGAUGUAGAGCCCGGAUAUCUGAAAGAUUUUCUGCCCGAUUCCGCUCCAAAACGGUCGGAAGAUUGGGACAAAAUUAUGAUUGAUUUUGAGAAGUAUAUAAUGCCUGGAGUGACACAUUGGCAACACCCGAGGUUUCACGCGUACUUCCCGGCCGGCAAUUCCUACCCAUCAAUACUCGCGGAUAUGCUUUCCGACGGCAUCGGAUGUGUUGGCUUUUCAUGGGCAGCGAGUCCUGCCUGUACUGAAUUGGAGAUAAUAAUGUUGGAUUGGAUGGGAAAGAUGAUUGGUUUGCCGAAGGAAUUCCUUUGCCUUUCAGAUCAUAAAAGUAAAGGCGGAGGAGUUAUACAG